CCCCUGUGGCAGAAAGUGCACCUCCACCCACAGUACACUCACCAUCCCCCUCAGUUACAGACAUGGUCAGAACUCAGCUACUUUCAGACACAACUUGCUAAGGGUUAGCCUGUUAAAAUGAGUUACACAGCUAGUUCACUGUAAGGAAUGAAAUUUGCUUCAAGUCAAGUAGUAGAUUCAUUUUUUUUAGCUGUAAAGAUUUCUGGUGGUACAGCACAAAUCGGCAAGCCAUGUGAAUCGUAUGUUGGUGCAUGAAGGAGCCAGGAAUAAUCCAACCAAAGAACUCUGCAACAACGCACUUCUUGGCAGUAGAAGAAUAAAACUUGGAACAAUGCCAGAUUCUCCUGCCGAUGUUAAAACUCAGUCCCAAGCGACACCACCAGCAAUGCCGCCACUGCCUCCUACCAUUAUACAGGGACUUGCUCGAAACAUUUCCUUCUCUCCUACAGCCAGGAAGAAUGGGACCAGUCACCUGCCAACUGCAGUCAGUGGAGCUCCGUCUAUCUCCAAAGGGCUCAGCGAUGGUCCUGCCACCUCGACUUCUGCCUCUCUUACCAAUCAGCAGUUGCCUCGCACAUGUGGAGCCAGACAACUCACCAAAUUGAAACGCUUUCUGACUACCGUGCAGCAGUUCGCCAAUGACAUCUCCCCAGAAAUUGGAGAGCGCGUCAGAAGCUUGGUGUUGGGACUCGUGAAUUCUACCCAGACUAUAGAGGAGUUUCACUCAAAGCUUCAGGAGGCAACCAAUUUCCCAUUGAGGCCUUUUGUCAUUCCUUUCCUGAAGGCUAAUCUACCACUGUUACAACGAGAACUAUUCCACCGUGCUCGGCUUGCGAAGCAAACUGUAGCUCAGUACCUGGCCGAAAAUGAACAACUGCUUCUGAACAGCAACAACAGCUUGCCAAUCGACUCCUCGGAAAUCCUGCUGGAAGUCAACGAAAAUGGCAAACGAAGAACCCCCGACAGGACCAAAGAGAAUGGGUUAGACCAUGACCCAUCACACGCAGAACACCUCAGUAAACGGCUGCGCAUGCACAGUCCUGUGCAGUGUUUCAGGCCCAACAACAGGCUUGCACACCAGUCUAAUGGGCUGUCACAGCUGCCACAACCUCAACUACAGCACUACCGGAUGGAGGACAUGGCCGUAUCCCACCACCACAGAGACCCUCACCGACAGCCAGAGCACAAGGAGCUCAGGGAUCAACACCGGCCUGCUGCUCCAGGAGUCCAUGGGACUCAGCAGGAAGAAGUAAUUGAUCAUCGUUUAACAGACGGGGAAUGGGCGGAGGAAUGGAAGCACCUGGAUAAUCUCCUGAAUUGUAUAACGGAUAUGGCGGAGAAGACACGUCGCUCAUUAACUGUGCUGAGGCGUUGCCAGGAAGCUGACCGUGAAGAACUUAAUCACUGGAUCCGUCGCUAUAGCGAUGUUGAAGAUAUGAAAAAAGAAAUGCUUGUUGAGAUGCCACGCAGACCCUCACAGGGUUACACUCAGGAAGAGAUCUGGAAGAAAGCUGAAGAGGCGGUGAAUGAAGUGAAGCAGCAGGCCAUGACGGAGUUGAAGAAAGCUGUGUCAGAGGCAGAGCGCAAGGCCCAUGAGAUGAUCACAGCUGAGCGAGCAAAGAUGGAGCACGCACUGAGUGAGGCCAAGCGGCAGGCUUCUGAAGAUGCACAGUCAGCCAUUAACCAACAGGAGGACUCCAGUGAGAGUUGCUGGAAUUGUGGCCGGAAAGCCAGUGAAACCUGCAGUGGCUGCAACACAGCCCGUUACUGUGGCUCCUUCUGUCAGCACAAGGAUUGGGAGAAGCAUCACCACGUGUGUGGUCUGAAUGGCCAGGGCCCACAGUCCUCUAGCACAGCCAGCAGCUCAUCCUCUGCCGCCUCUGGAAGGCUGCUCCGGCCAGGUGUUACCAGUGCUGGGCCUGAACGUCUUGGAGACAGCGGAUCUGUCAUUACCUCUCGCUGUGUCUCUCCAUCCACCAAGAUUCCAGUUGAAACUGCCCCCACUGAUCAACAAUGCAACUUCUCAACUCCCUGACGAUUUCACUGAACUGACCUCUGAAGAACCUCUCUUUACCUGUUAACCCUGAGUUUCAACGACCUCAGUCUACCUAAAUGAAGCAAAGAAAUCCAUUUGCUUUUUAAAUUCAUCAUUGAUCGUUUACUAAAUGAUCCCUCGAGUAGUGUCACAGCUCUCUGGACCCCAGCCUGUGAUGAAAUGUUUGAACAAGAACUCCUUGAUAUUCAGUAAUAUCCCACAUUCGGUGAGAAUGACGGAAAUUUGUAACUUGGAAAAGAGAUAUAUGCUGCUUUAAAAAUUCCAAAAAUACUCACUUGGAUACGGCUCAUAUACCAGACUACCAAACUCUUUCUUCUCCCACCAACCACCACCUCACGGAUCAAUUACCCUUUUAAUUCUUCCCUUGGACCCCCCCCCCCCCAUUUGUCUUACACUCAAAUUUUGCAUAAAUCUUUCUUUCUUUCCUUGUGAUCCCCACACCCCCAACACUGCUUCCCGCUGGCCCCAAAGACCUUUCUUCCCCUUGUAAACCCAUUUGCUUUACUUCUCUUCCUUUAGACAUCCCUCUCCCCAUUAUAUCUUGCUCUUGGAUUUCCCCAAUCCUUCAUGCCCUCAAAUCUGUACUCCUCUUCUCAUGCAGACCUACCCUUACUCCCUUGCCUCUGGAUCCCAGCCUCAUGCUGUCAUUCUGGAGAGUUAGACAUUCACAUUUGAUCAACAUACACUUAUUAUCACUAUUAAACAUAGCUGUGAGGUACCAGAUCAAUUCAAGGCACAUUGUUCACAUUCGGACAUGAAGGAGCACUCUCCAUACUACCUUGCUAGCAGCCAAGAAGGUACCAGAUGUACCUCGGCUUCAGUGUAAACGCAAAAACUCUACACACCCCAAAAAGUGUUGCACUGCCAGAGUCACUCACGAAGGAGACUUACUGAGGAAGUGUUGGUCCCUCAGUCAUGGUGCUCCUACAGCGAAGGUGCCAAUCCUCUAGAAGGCUGUUUCCAGACUGGCCAGGGCUCCUGCCUUUUGUGGAAUUACAGAUUAUACUGGUUAGACUUGCAAUUGUCAAAUAAUCCAAAGUGUUGGGUAAAAGAACUACAUGUGAAGUACCCACUCUCAGUGACCUCAUCACCCUGAAUACGAUGAGGAAAGCUAUUCAUGAAUGAAAAUGGUUACUUUUUAAAAUAUUUUUAAAGCAUGAAUGAAUUUUUGACUUGCUGCAAUCCUUUGAUUCUCUACCUCCCUUUAUCUCUCUCAUUUUUGGUGGAGAUUGAUUCCUUGAGAGCAUCUUCAUGUACAAUACCCCUUGCUCUUGUGAUGUUCAGAUAUUCCUUCAAUGAUGACCAUUUUAUUUUCAUGCAUGAAAUGAACUGAAAACUUCCUGCUCAUUUCUCCAUGUUCUCUCCCAACUGUACAUCACUACACCUUUUUCUAUCUGAGUCCUCGCCAUGGCAACGGUAACGGGAAUACAGAUGCUGCCACCUAGAAUUGAAAACCAAAUCACCUUCUGACUCCAAAAAUCUGCUUCAAAGAUAGUUAUCACCUUUUAACUGUUCAGUUUCAACUUAUCACAGAAACGGGCUAAAGCUUCAGUAACAAGACCACAAUACUAACUGGUCAUUCCUGACCCACAUCAUCAACCAUCUGCCCCAGGAACCACUGAGUUCCUCCAGCAUCAGCCAUCCAUGGUGUUUCCACUGGGCAUUAUUUUCCCAGAAUAGGCCGUUUCCUUUGAGCAGUAGCACUGUGCUGGAUUUGAACACACGACCACUUCACUUUGAUCUGCUGCUGUGAUGGGCUGAACCAUGUUGCAAGGUCAGGCCCGAGGGCUGCUCUCCUGUUGAUUUUCAUUCAUUUCCCAGUGGGAUUGCCGUGGGUUUUCACAGUACCAUCUCUAUAGCUGUAGGUCGAGUUGUUUAUCUCUCUCAUGCACUGAUAGAAGGAAGGAGAAUAGAUAGGUAUACCAACAGCUACUGGAUAACGCAGAUGAUUCAAAAACAGAAAGGCUUUUUUUGCUCCCAUCCUGAACUUUACUCUUCCAUAGCAGAGUAUAGUAUUGCUCCUCAUAUGGGCCACCACCCUCACAGGCUGCUUGCUGCCUUGUGAAUGUGGUGUGUGUGUGUGUGUGUGUGUGUGUGUGUGUGUGUGUGUGUGUGUGUGUGUACGUACAUUUAUCAGCCACCGUGGCUAUUGUUAUUGAGCACAGGGUGUAUUGUUUUCCAUUACUGAUCACACUGCUCCAGAAGGGCAGGAAGCUUACUUUAUUUAUCAUGUGAUAAGGAUAAUGUUUAUUUUUUAUAAAUAUCUUAAGAGAUAAUAUAUUCAUAGUCUUGAUUUUAAUUGUGGCCCAUUUUCUGCUUCCAGAUUUUAUAAUCACCCCCUCUUUUCUCAGAAUCUCCCUUCCACCCUAAAGCUUACUACUUACUGCACGAAGCCACAGAUGUGUCUCCAGGUUUACGGGCUCAGAAUAUGAUGUAUCAUCCUUAACUACAAGGUUACAGAAUGGGCCUUGCUCAAGGGCAUUUGAAUGGUGUCCUGGGUUUGCAUAAUCACAUAGCUGAUUCAUCUCACCCUAACCCAACCACACACCCUUGGGUAAAGAGUAGAUGCACUGUAAAACUCUCAAGUGGAGGCAAUGAAUGCCCAGCAAUCCAUCCAGUUACUGAAAGUGGCAACACUUGGAGCUGGAGACCAGAUGGCUUCCAUUCUUACACUGGCAUCUCCCCUUGACUCCAGAUUGCCCCAAGCACCAUGUUUAUUCACACUCUUGUUUAGAAGAGAAAUAAACGUGGUGAGCUGUGAUCUGGAGCGCGAUUGAUGGGCUGAAUGGCCUAAUUCUGCUCUUAUGUCUUGUAGGAAGGGUGGUACAGAGUGGAAAAUGCCUCCUGAAUCAAAGGGAAUUGAUGCUGAGCUCCCAUGGGUAAAAACAGACCUCUCAUGUUCAUCUUCACACAGCUCAUGUUGAGCUUGACCUUGCAUCCUCUCUGGUCUGCAGUCUCUUUUAUCUGCUGCCCAAAAAUUGUGAUGAGAAAUGCUAAAACAAGUUGAUUUGCUUGAGCUGUAAUCCGAUCACUUUCCAGCAGAGGGAGACCCACAGCUCAAGCAGUGAAACCACCUACAGUCAGCCAAAAAGAGCACUUUAUGAGAUCCAGUUCCUUCUGCAGCCUCACUGCCCCACCUUUCCUGAUGCAAUAUUCAAGGCAUCCUUGCCUCCCUCGUGAAAGCACUGUUCCAGUGACCCAAAGCUAUUAAUAACAGAUUGGAGACUCAGUUAUUGUAGUCGUCCGAUGUUGCUCAGGGCCUCCUGAGAAAGGGUACACUCACCAAGUAAGGGACAACUGGCCUGGCCUGGCCCACAAUUCCAGUUCACCUGCUCUGGGCACCUUUAUCGUUUCAAUCAGCUUUAGUCUUGUGCUUGCCUCCCUCUUCAGCUGCUGCUGUUUGGUUGAGGGCGGUGAGUGGCAGAAAUGAGAGUGUUGGUAGAACUAACAAAGUUGAAAUUACAGGAGCGUACCUCUCUGCAAGUACGUGUGUUCAUUAUAUCCUUUGGAAAUGACACCAGUAUCUACUCAGAAUGGUUGAAUCUACUGCAUUGAAUAUUCACUGUAGAGAAGAUGAAGAGUUUUGCUUUUCCCUGCCACUCUCAAGUUCUGUAGCCUUUCUAGUAACAUUAGGGCAUGCUCUUCCCCCCAACUUGGGCUUUUAGUACUGUCCUACUGUAUUCAGCUAUGAUUGUAACAUUGGAGCAAGUAUGUCUCUACUUAUUCUGUACCUGUGUAAUAAAAGUUCUUAAUAUCAGAUUUGACUGUAUUUAUAGCAGGCCUGCAGUGGUACAGAAACAAGACCACUGUGCAGGCAGGCUGUUCAUGUACAUUUAUCAGAUUUCUGUUCAUCUUCCCAGAUCCAGAUCAAGAAAAACCCAAUGCAAACUCUUAAAACUAAACCAUACCUAAAAUACUUUGUCAAAGGCAGGUUGUGCCUUACGAGCCUGAUUGAAUUUUUUGAGGAUGUGACUAAACACAUUGACGAAGGAAGAGCAGUAGAUGUAGUGUAUAUGGAUUUCAGCAAGGCAUUUGAGUGGUGUCCUGGGUUUGUGCAUAAUCACAUAGCUGAUUCACCUCACCCUAACCCAACCACACACCCUUGGGUAAAGAGGAGUAGAUGCACUGUAAAACUCUCAAGUGGAGGCAAUGAAUGCCCAAUGAUCCAUCUAGUUACUGAAGGUGGCAACACUUGGAGCUGGAGACCAGAUGGCUUCCAUUCUCACACUGGCAUAGGUACAUGGAGCUUAGAAAAAUAGAGGGCUAUGGGUAAGCCGAGGAAGUUUCUAAGGUAAGGACAUGUUCGACACAGCUUUGUAGGCUGAAGGGCCUGUGUUGUGCUGUAGGCUUUCUCUGUUCUACGUUCACUCUCCUGACAAAAUAACAAAUUCACAAAUCUAAUCAAGUUUCCUGUUAGUGUCAGUUUGGAGUCAGAAUGAAUGCACUGAAACAGGCUCUUUGUCCCAGAGUCUGUACAGACUACAGUAUAUAAACCAUCCCUUGAUUUUCAUUCAUCCCUCACCAACUAGGAGCAGUGACCAAUUAGCCUGUGAGGAGAAUGGAUGGAUAUGGACAUUGUUUGCACAGUAGCAAUUAGUUCAGUUGGUCAUCUGAUUACUCAUUUAAUUGGUUUCAGUGUGAGUCGAAGGUCUUGUUGAUGUGCUCUAUGAUCCGCACAUCUGUGUGAAGUGGAAGGAAACCCACCCAAAGUGGGUCCUCCAGCUCAGUUCAGCAGGGUAAUAACAGAGAUACAAUGUUUGUACAGCAAGAUCCCCCAAACCAAUGGGAUUUGAUCGUCUUUUCACCGACAUUGAG